CUUGUUUUUACAGAUAAAUAUUUAUAAAAAAGUGCUAAAAAAUCUUUUUAAAAAAUCAAGUGAAAAGUGAAAAAUUAAAAAAAUAAAUAAAAAAAUAUUUAAAAAUAAAAAAUCUAUAAAAUCACUUAAAAAAUAUUAUCACAGCAACAAUGUUGCCAUUAUCUUUAACUACAAUAAUGUCCACUAAAAAAUCAACAAAAUCUUCAUUAUCAUCAACAACUAAAACUUCAAAUUUAUGGCCAUUAAAUCAACAACAAAUACAAUUUAAUACAACAAAACAUCAACAACAUAGUAAUAUAAAUAACAAUAAAAAACAUGCAACAAAUACAAAAAGUAUAACAAAAAUUGCCACAAUUGCAAGUAGCAAGUGUAUGAAAAAUAAAAGAAAUAUCACAACAGCAGCUGUAACGGCAGAACUUGCUUAUAAACACAAUAAACAUCAUCAUCAUCAGCAACAUCAUAGUAAACUAACUACACCUUAUAAUAACAACAUUUAUAGCAACAACAAAAACAUUUUUAUUAACAACGAAUCUAGUUGUAGCAACAACAACAACAACAUUAAUACUUUUAGUAGUAAAAAUAGUAGAAUUUGUUGUAAAAAUGCUAUUAAACGUAAGCAGCAACGAGGUAACUCUUGGUGGUUGUUGUCAUCACCAUCAUCAACAUCAUCUGUAGCAUCAUCAGCGACAUCAUACUCCUGGAUAUUUUGCCUUUGGUUAUGGAUAGCAAUUUCAUCAUUGGCCUUUGUUCAUUGUUCACCAUCACCAUCUUCAUCGAUACAACAACUACAAAAAAGAGGCGGUUCCUCUGAUAUCACCAAAGAUCAGUGCAACAAAACAGUGGAUAUUUUUGAAGAUGUCAGCUCACCUGAGGUGACGAAUCAGAAUGUGGGGCGACCCUUAACCUGCUGGUAUCGUUUUCGCACUCUCAAAGGUGCUCCCAGGGAUUUUGUACUGCGUCUUAGAUUUAAAAAAUUCAAAAUUGGUACACUAAUGAAUGCCACCCAUUGUGAGGGUGGCUAUUUACAGGUUAGCAUCCAUCCAUUUUCUCUUUUUUCCAGUUUCCGCAUCAAUCGCAUUGAAUCGCCCAUUUUGAAAUAUGAUGGUGACUGUGGUGAAUCCUUGACUAUAUACGAUUCCGAUCAUGCUGAUCCGGCACGCAUUAUCAAAACUUUCUGUGAUACUUUUUCGCGGCCCAUGGAAAAGGUGGACUUUGUUAGCACUAGUCCCUCGUUGUAUGUUCAGUUUGAAUCGAAAACCGGUUCUUAUAGCGGCAGCUCUUUGUAUUAUUGGGCCCAUUAUGAUUUCUUUAAUAAUACCCGUUUUGGUGAUCCAGUACCCAAUACCUUAUGCGAUGAAGUUAUGUAUGCCUGGAAACAUCCGGGCGGUAAGAUACGUUCUCCCAUGAACUCUUUAAUCUUUAAGAGAACUGGUGGAUCCGAUGUACGCUGUCAAUAUAAAUUUGUUACCGAUCGGCGACUUUAUGCUAGAGCUGUUAUAGAAGUCAACUCGGUUAUGUUUAAGGAAUUGCCCUAUAAUAACAAUGCCUGCACUAGAUGCCAUGAGGAGAGGGUGGAUAAACUGGUGAUAUGGGAGGAAAGGGAAAAGUUUCAAAAUAAUUUGGCCUGUUUUUGUGACAAUAUUCCGCGACCAGUAAGAGUUAUCUCCUCUGCGGAUCAAAUGAAUUUGGAAAUGAUAGUACAAGGCCAACAUGCCAUUACAUCUUACUUUAAGAAUCCGAAUCCUUUAUUUGAAGCUUCCUAUGAGUUUGCCCAUGGUCCUCUAUGUGGUCCUAUUACUCUGGGACCUUCUCCCGAUGGUGAGCUGGUAUAUCCUUUCAAAAAAGCUUUGGCUCUCGUUACAGGACCCAUGGGUUCCCAGCCGGAGCAUCAUUAUAGACGUGAGAAAUGUAUUUGGGAAUUGAAAGUGGCCUCACAAAGAGAUUUAUGGCUGAAUUUGGAAAAGGCUCGUUUUGGUGAUCGCACCUGUGACAGUGCUAAGAUAGAAGUGUAUCUAGCCGGACGUCUGGAACCACGCUUUAUUAUAUGUCCAGAGAAUGUCUCCUUGGCAAGAGAUUUACCCAUUUUAUCUACAGCCGAUUUGGGUGCUUUGGGUGCCGAUCAAGAGCCCUUACCCGUGCUCAUACAAUACACAGGUGAUGGCCAGCCUGGCAAGAACAUUUUCCGUCUGGUUUGGACUGAACUCUUUCAUUUACCCCGCAAUCCAGAUGGUAGCCUAGCCGCCUCUCUACUACAAGAUAAUGAAUGCAACUUUAAGUGUCCUGGCAAUUCGCAUAUCUGUCUACCCCGCCACCUGGUGUGUGAUGGCAUACAAAAUUGUCCCAAUGUUUCGCAUACCUCCUCGCUGGAGGAUCUCACCCAACACAUACAAUGGAAUCUAGAGCAAUUUGAUUUAUGGCAUGAACACAAAGACAAAGAACACUUAAUGAAUGCCAUUCUAGAUGAUGAAUCCUCUUUGAUUUGUAUAAAAGAAUAUACGCGUAAAUUAUCAUAUGGCGAACUUAGCUUCUUUGUUGCCAUCUCAAUGGCGAUAAUUGUUUUAAUUAUAUUAAUUUUACGACUCAUGUGUAGAAGUUCAAAACAUAAGGAGGCUUCCAUGAAUUAUUAAUACAACUGGAAUGAGAAGAAAUAUAGAUAACUCAUGCUAAAAUAAACGAAUUUGUUGAACAAUUUCUUUAAAAACAAAAGAACAAAAGUUAUUUAGUAAAUAGUAUUAUUAAAGGUUUUAAUUUCUAUUUUAAUCUAAACACAACAAAAAACAAACGAAACACAAUAUCUAGCUGCAAAAUUUACCAUAGAGAAAAAUAUAUAUUAUUAUACAAAAAAACUGGAUCCCUUUUAGCUUAAAUAGGUAUUCCAAUUUUAUUAAACAUAAUUGGAAACACACAUUUUUAAAAAUUUCAUUAAUAUUUUAAAGAUUUUUUAAAAAUAGUUGUAUUUUUCAAUAAAAUAUCAUAAAUAGUAAAAUCACUUCAUAACGAGAUCAGUGCUAAUGUCAGUUCUAGUUCUGUUCUAAUUCAGAUCACGUUCAGUUCUAGUUCACUUCCAGUUCAGUUCUAGUUCAGUUCUAGUUCAGUUCUAGUUAAGUUCUAGUUCAGUUCUAG